ACCAAGCAUGCCGUCCGAAGCACUAACGGACCCGGUCUACUCCGAAGCCACAACGCCCAAGGGUGCCGACCUCGCCCCCGCGUACGACGAAGCCGCCGAGCGCAACGUCAAGCCCAACUGGAUCCUGUACUCCAGUCUGCUCGUGGCGCUGCUGCAGCCUUUCCAGAGCGGGUGGUCGUCGUCCCAGACCAACCUCUCGCAGUACAGCAACACGGACGAGUGCAAUGCGCGUCCCGUGGCCGAGGACACCUGUCUGAUGUUCCCGGGCCACUCCAAGCUCGAGUGGACGUUCGCCGUCAAUGCUUGGAUCUUCGGCGGCAUGAUCGGCUCGCUCUGCUGCGGCCACUUCAGCGACCUGUGGGGCCGCAGGAAGCUGCUCUUCGUCAACUGCAUCUUCAUGCUCGCAGGCGCCGCCAUCCAGACGCCCGUGUCGAACGUCUGGGCGUUUGCGGUCGGCCGCAUGAUCGCGGGUAUCGCCUCGGGCACCGCCACGGGAACACUCGGCGCCUACACGAACGAGCUGUCGCCGCCGCACCUGCGCAACAUGCUCGGCAUGGGUCUGCAGAUCUCGGUGACCAUCGGCAUCCUGUUCCCGGCGAUCUGCUUCUUCUUCGCCAACACGAGCAGCGGCUGGCGCUACCUGGCGGGCUUCCCGGCCGUCCUCGCCGUGCUCUUCCUGCUGCUGGCUCCGUCCAUGUGCGUCGAGAGCCCCGCGUGGUUGCUCAUGAAGGGCCGGCGCGAGGAGGCCAAGCAGGUCAUCACUCGACUCUACGGCGAGGAGAACGUGUACCUGGCGCUGUCGUGGCUCGAGUCGUCCAGCAAGCCCGACCCGGAGCAGGCGCUCGUGAACGACUCGGCGCAGCAGGAGUCGCUCUUCUCGCCCAAGUACCGCCUGCCGCUGGCCUGCGCCAUGCUGCUCUCGUGCACGCAGCAGCUCUCGGGCAUCAACGCCGUCUUCUACUACUCCAACUCCAUCUUCGAGGACGCCGGCAUCUCGGACCCGCGCGUCGGCACGCUCAUCAUCGACUUUGUCAACAUCUGGCCGGCCUUCUUCACGGGCUUCCUGGCCAAGCGCUUCGGCAACCGGAACCUCAUCCUCUGGGGCAUCGCCGGCAUGUUCGUCAUGGCCGUGCUCAUGACCGUGGCCUUCCUCGUGGACGUCGCGGCGCUGUCCGUCGUCUUCAUGGCGCUCUACGUGAUCGCCUUCGGCGCGACGCUCGGGCCGCUCGUCUGGGUCAUCACGGCCGACCUGUUCCCGGACUCAGUGCGCGCCACCGCCACGUCCAUCGGCAUCGGCGUCAACUGGCUCUGCAACCUCAUCGUCGGCGUCGCCUACCCGUACAUCGCCGACGCCUUCGACGACUACAGCUACGUGCCGUUCGUGGUGCUGCUGGCCAUCUUCUACGCGCUGUCGCUCAAGCUCGUCCCGGAGACGUACGGCAAGUCGGCCGAGGAGGUGCAGCGCGAGUUCCAGCAGCAGCGUGGGGGCCAGUAGCGGGGCAGUCAACGGCAGCAGAAAGGUGGGGAGGCAGGCGACGAGAGGGUGGCCGUGUGCUUUGACGACUUCCGGGUCUUCGUGCCGCCGUCAUUGAGAGGCGCAGAUGUUGCAGCCUACGCUUUGAGAGUAGUGUUUUGAGAUAGUUGCUGCGUGGAUAGUGAUGAAAUGAGCGACGCAGCAGUAGUUUUGCUUUGAUUGAGAAGGCAGUUUAUCCAUUGAUAAUGCGCACAGUAUCGAUAUUGUUUUCAGGUUUGCCCAAACCUUUGGGGGGUUUAACGCGCCUUUGAUCUGCUAAAACUGUGGAAACUUCUGAUCAGUUGUGUAAAUCUAGCUAACUCGUGUUGUCUGGUGCACAGGGAUACGAGGGGGUCAAACAGCACUACAAUCCUCUCAGCGUAAAACGAUGGGUCCACACGACGAUUUAGACGUAGACGCGCUCCACCGGUGUAAGCCAGCACAGUCUCAGUACACAAUCGCAUCAAGCUUUUGGCAUUAUUGUAGUGAGGUCUCUUCUUAACUUUCUCGUCUCCAAAACAAUAUUGUUGACACUGGAUGAUUUGCAGUUGAGGAAAAUCUCGCUUUGCAACAAGAGAAGAAGCGCUUGCCGACAUAGAGCAGCCUACACACACUGUUGGCUGUGAGCGCAACAAGGAUAGCGAGGUAGCCUGGUAGGUCAGUUUAGAAUUUGCUUCGAGAAACCCUCCACGCCGCACCCCUCGGCUGGAGUUCCAUUCCCGCUUUGAAUGAACUGACUGCAGCCCCCAAGUGCGAUAUUUGAAGGUGCAAAUUUUCUGUGGUCUGAAACCCCUGUAUUCUAAAUGUGCACGUAAACCACUUCGCCAUUUCGCCAUUCCUGACAAGAAGACCCGCGUAGUCUACAGCGAACAAGAGUGUGAUGAAUACCCGCGCACCACUUUCCGCAAAGUUUAGGCGCGUACUACUGGGCUGUUUCGCACUUCAACGACUGUUGGUCACGAUAGGUGCCGCGCUCUCCGUAUUCUACAGCCCUCUCCAGUCGGCUUUCGACUCGAAUAGUCUGGGUCUGCUGCUUGGAGGUGUCGCGGUUCUACUUGUGCUGCUCGGGUGCGUCUUCUUGGCGAGGCGCACGAGUGUCGUCAAGUGGUUCUCUCUCCUGCUGCUGAGUCUUGCAGGGGUGGCGAUUUGGAUCGGCUUUGACAAGCUACUCCACACGACAAUUCGACUUUUCAACUGCAGCUUCUCACUGCUUUGGACGUUGAUACUGAUCCUAUUCGAUGCGAUUCGAGGCAGGAAGCGGACUAAAGUGCACGAUGUAAGCAUAGUACAAUUUGGUAGCACGCCCGAUACGUGUUUGCAGGCGUAUUUUGACGGAAGGAGUGACUUCAUAAAGAUGGCCCCGUUGCGUUCAUCAUUACGGUCAUUGUGUCCUGUGUGGUGUAUGCAGCUUACAUGUCGAAGUUUCUGUCGGGGAUGGACUUCGGCUUGUCACUUGUUUUCCAGUUUGUGCUGUUGAGUUGGUUCACUCUCGACCUCCGCCGACUGGACCGACACCUUGAUUGGGAUUGCAUUAGCA